AUGCCUUCUCUCUUAAGAUCCAGCCAGACCCUCCGGUCCAGCAUCAACAGGUCCGUUCGUUUCAACUCCCUGGAAUGCCUGUCUAUUCAUACACACACGAUCAAGACCCCAGUGGGUAUCAAGGCGGCCAUUGCGGCUUUGAAACCAAAAACCACCCGUCUUUCGAUCGAGGGACCCAUUGAGUGCAACUUGUCGGGAUUUCAGUUGCUCAAUUCGCCGCUUUUCAACAAGGGAUCAGCUUUCACAAGAGAAGAAAGAGAGGCUUUUGGCCUUAUAGGUUUGCUUCCCAGCAAGGUGAACAACUUGGACGAGCAGGUUGAUAGAGCCUAUGCUCAGUUUCAGUACUUGAAGAGCCCGCUUGCCAAGAACGACUUUUUGGUGUCUAUGAGAACUCAAAACAAGGUCUUGUACUAUGAGUUGGUGAGGAGACACAUCAGGGAGAUGUUGCCCAUCAUAUAUACUCCUACAGAGGGAGACGCCAUUGCUGCUUAUUCACACAGAUUCAGGAAGCCAGAAGGAUGUUUCUUGGAUAUCACGGAUCCAGACUCUAUUGACGAGCGUUUGUCCCUCUACGGUGAGGACAAGGACAUUGACUACAUUGUGGUUUCUGAUGGUGAGGGCAUUUUGGGUAUUGGUGACCAAGGUGUGGGUGGUAUUCGUAUCGCCAUUGCUAAGUUGGGGCUCAUGACGCUCUGUGGAGGUAUUCACCCCGGCAGAGUACUUCCUGUUGUUCUUGACGUGGGAACGAAUAACAAGGAGCUUCAGCACGAUGACUUGUACAUGGGCAACAAGUUCGACCGUGUCAGAGGAGAACAGUAUUGGCUGUUUGUGGACAAGUUCAUCAGCGCCGUGAAGCAGAGAUUCCCCUCGGCCGUUAUGCAUUAUGAGGACUUUGGUGUCUCUACUGGACGUAAGAUGUUGCACAAGUACAGAGACGCCUUGCCCUCAUUCAACGACGAUAUUCAAGGCACAGGUGCCGUGGUCAUGGCUUCCAUCACCGCUGCGCUUCAAUUCAGUGAACGCGAGCUUCUCGAUACAAAAGUGUUGAUCUACGGCGCUGGUUCUGCUGGUUUGGGUGUAGCCGACCAGAUCGUCAACCACAUGGUCUCGCAUGGUUCUACCGUCGAGGAUGCUUGCAAGAGAAUAACCAUCAUGGACCGCAGAGGUGUUGUUCUUGAAUCCUUCGACGACUCCACUGAAGGCCAGAAGCGUUACGCUGAUCCAGACUCUCUCUGGCAAGGUGUCAACACCAGAUCGCUUAAAGACGUUGUUGGCGCUGUGAAGCCCACAGUCUUGGUUGGCUGCUCCACACAAGCUGGUGCUUUCACCGAAGAGGUCAUCAAGGAAAUGUACAAGUACAACCCACAGCCAAUCGUCUUCCCACUUUCCAACCCUACUCGUUUGCACGAGGCAUUCCCUAUCGACAUCAUGAAAUGGACCGACGACAAGGCCUUGAUUGCUACUGGAUCUCCUUUCAAGCCCGUUGACGGCCACGUUAUCUCGGAAAACAACAACUGCUUCACCUUCCCUGGUAUUGGUUUAGGUGCUGUUCUUUCCAGAUGUACCACCAUCACGGAUACAAUGAUUUCUGCCGGUGUGGACUGCUUGGCUCUGUUGUCUCCGAAGAUGGAAAACCCAAAGAAUGGUUUGCUUCCUCCCCUUGAAGAAAUCGACGAGGUUUCUGCUCAUGUCGCUACUGCUAUCAUCUUGCAGAGUCUAAAGGAAGGUACCGCUCGUGUUGAAAGCGAAGAGAAACCAAGCGGAGGCUUUGUUGAGGUGCCCAGAGAUUUCAACAAGUGUUUGAAGUGGGUGCAAUCACAAAUGUGGAAACCCAUCUACAGACCUUUGGUCAAGGUCCAGCACGUCCCAGAGGUGCACACGCAUCAACUUUAA